CGAAUACAGCUAUGCUAUGCAAUUGGUCGGCUCGCCUUUCAUCGAAAUCCUGGGAAUUUGAUAAAUAAAAGAUUUCUCCCUCGAGUAACGAUACUAGAUCUCUUUACAGCGGUUUGACUGGUGACCACUCGAACCUGACAACAAUGUGGUUUUGUUGGGGGGCAUUUGGCUGAAAGUAUUGACCGGAAUCUGAGCGGGUUAUAGAGGAUCAUGGCGUCAUCGCACGUUGCAGUGAUAAGGAUAUUUCGUUUGGUGUCAGCGGUGGGAUUCAUCGGCACCUGUGUUGCAGAACAUGACAUCAUGUCCAAAUGGAGAAGGUAUGGAGGGGACAUGGCCGUGGCUGAAUCAGCCGCCAUCAUGGUGUUCUGUUCCUGUGACUUGGUGGUCGGUCUCUGCAAUAUCACCAUGGCAGCCCAGUUUUAUCUGCAAGAAGAGCUUGAGUGUCACGCGAUAUGUGGAGGCAGAGUGGAGUGCGCUUACUGCGCCGAGCCAGGAUGUACGUGCUCGCAGCAAGACAUGGAGACGUAUCGUCUAUGCCAGCUGGGCAAUAGAGCCAAACUGUUCCAGUGUACCAACUACUGCACUGAAAAGGAUGCCAUACCGAUGUGCACCUGCGAACUAACGAUCGUCAGACAAGACGAAACAACGCGCACACCAGUGAGAGUUGACCCAACAACCACGGUCAAAACUGCCCACGUGCCGGCAACCAUCAACACCUCGUUCAGUCACGGUUUACUGACAGGCCUAGCCGUUGGGGGAUGUAUUCUACUGCUUCUUGUUGUCAUCGUGCUUGCCUUGGUUAUUUUUGUCAUCAGGAGACGGACCAUGAACAGAUCAUCCAUGGCGAGAACCAACACCAAUUCAUCCACGACACCGAUGACGUCAUCAGAGGGACUUAAAGGUGUCAACAAUCCUACAUACGACUCAUCCAACACAACACUACCCGGGAUCGCCGCUCCUCAUUCCUCAACCUCGUACCUCUACCCGUACGCCCCACGCCUCACAGCCAACAGACAAAUGAGCACCUCAAACAGAAACACCUCCAGCAUCGCUUCGCCUCAGUCUAGCACCCAACCGACUCCCUAUUACCAGGAGAUUACACCUCGAAACGGAGACCAGCCGCCUACCUAUGAGGACUCCGAGGGGUAUACUCGUUACCGGCCGCAGACGCAGGUUGACGCGGGGCUGGAGCGCCGCCAGCCGGUAUACAUGGAGCUUGUGAGGCCCAGUGAUCGUUCUUCCAGACCACCAGUGGACACGUACAUGUAUUAG